UUUCUGUCAGCGAGUGAGCGCCGCCAUGAUUUGGAUGACAGCUCUGCGCAUGCGCCGUGUCCAUCGUUGCGUCGGCGGAGAUUGUCGGGGGGGCGGACAAGUGACGGGUCGGCUGUGGUUGGUUCAGCUGUCGGUACUGCAGCGCCCUGGAGUGACGUCAAUGUUGACCACCUGGUGAGUUCGGAAGAGCAGGCGGAACGAAUUAAAGAUGGCGCAGAGAGCGGAGGAGGAAGAGGAGAACGCGGGGCUGAGGAUGAGGAGAAGCGGAUCCCAGAGCCUGGCUGCCAGGGAGCGAGACGAGCAGGUCCGGGCCGUGCAGGAAGCCCUGCAGGAGAAGCUGGGGAGCUACGAGCCGGUGCUGAGCUACCUGCAGGCCGUGCUGGUGUGGGAGAGACCCCGGCACAGCGCCCUGCUCCACCUGCUGCUCAACGCUGCCUUCUGGUUUUUUGCCCUGACCUCACUCAGAAUCGUGUUUCUGGCAGCAUUUGGCCUGAUGAUCAUCAUCUGCGUGGAUCAGUGGAAGAACAAAAUAUGGCCUGAACUUGGAGCUGCAAGAUCCAGUGAGAUGGACAAUGAAAGUUGGGGCUUUGUACACCCGAGGCUGCUCAGCGUCCCGGAGCUCUGUCAUCAUGCAGCCGAAGUGUGGAUCACGCUGACAAAUUUUCAAAGGAACCUUAAAGUCUUCAAAUCUGAAAAUCCUGGCAAGUUCUGCCUCCUGGUCUGUGGAUUCCUCACCUUUCUGAUGGUCCUGGGUGGAUAUAUUCCUGGUCUUGUGCUCUCCUAUCUGCUGUUGCUAUUCAUCCUGCUAUGGCCGUUGGCUAUGUACCAUCGCUUAGGGCAGCGUGUUUACCAGAAACUGGAGCCAGCCCUGCAGAGGUUGGACUUCAGUGUCCGUGGAUACAUGAUGUCCAAGCAGAAGGAGAGACCAUGUAAUAACAUUGUAUCUUUUUGUGACCAGUGCACGGCCGCCCCGCUUCCUCCAAAUGAGGGAAGCGAUAGUGAAGAGGAGCUGGCUGCAUUCUGUCCUACGCUGGAUGAUUCUGCAGUCGCCAAAGAACUAACAAUAUCGGAUUCUGAACAUUCGGACGCAGAGAUUUCAUACACAGAUAAUGGGACGUUUAACUUGUCCCGGGGUCAGACUCCUCUUACAGAAGGCUCAGAAGAUCUGGACCGCCAUAGUGACCCAGAAGAGUCAUUUGCACGUGAUCUCCCUGACUUUCCUUCUAUAAAUCCAGAGGUAACUGGAAUAGAUGAUGAGGAUGACACCAGCAUUGGGCUCCCAUUUGCAACCAGCCACCCCCAUAUGUCUGCCGACCAAUUGUAUGACGAGUCUUCAGAGUUGGAGGUGCCACUUGCUAUUGGUGCUCAGCAGCUCAAAGACAACCUUACCAACCUAGUCACUCGGGGGAUGAUACAGAUGGCGUUGGCAGGUGUCACCCAGCAAGCCUCAGGCUUUUUGGAAAAUCCCAGGCAGAAAACAUAUCAGAGAAACUCCAGCUCUGAGCUGGACACUGAUGCUGAAGCCGAUGACUUUGAGCUACUGGACCAAUCAGAGCUGAGCCAGAUGGAUCCAGCCAGCCCACGUGGCCAGCAGUAACUUUUGACGAAGGUGCCAGUCCCUUGUGAACAUACAAUCUCCUUAAAUUUUUUUUUUUUUUUAUAAAGCGUUCUCAUUGUGGACCCGUAUCUUCAGACUGUGUCUUCUCAGUGUGCCCCCGUGUGAGGUUUCCAUUACUUUAAUGCAGGACUAUUCAGCCUGCUCCUUUUAUCACUGUGAAGUCUGAACCAGUAGAUUAGUGAAGCUAGAACGAAAGACGCAGUAUUUUAAAAGUCAUUGCCUGCUGGAUAAUGGACUGGUACAACAGAUCGGACUUUUCUCUUCAGCACCCAUCUCAUACUAAAACUAGAUAUCUACAGUAGAAGACUGCCCGGGCAGUUCUUAGUGUAGAUGGUUAUAACAUUUUGGUGGUUUGGAGUUGGGGACAUUUCAGUGCGUGACCCUGUAGUUUUCAUGUCCAGUUCACAUGGCAGAUUGUAAAAUGUGGACUUAGCACUUCAAAAGAUGUGUGUACAGGAGAGUGGAGUAAACUGAUGUCUAUAUAAAGUGUAGCUCCACUUCCAAACAAGUUUUCAUUUGGAGGAUCCACAGAUGGUAAUAUAGAUGUUUUUGGCCUUGUUA